UAGAACGCGCACGGAUGCAGAAUCUCUGUGCUUGUGCGCGCGCAACUAAAUUACUGAUCAAGGGGGCGGUGCACAAGCUACGUGUACCGGAAAGGCUGUGACACUGCCCCUUGCCUGUUAGUUAAAAUGAGCCAAGCUCACUCCGAUCGACGAUCAGUUCUCUUUCCCGUCUCUGUUCUCUACACUUUUUGAAGCCUUCACUGGUUGUUGGUACGUACAUCCAUGGGCAACCCUCUCAGCAAACUUUUCAAGAAGUCUCCUACCACAAAACGCCAUGACUCAAGGGGACGGAAUACUCGGAAAGUCAAUGAAAAGGAUGUCGAUGUAUGCUGAACGUCUUCCUCCUCACCUUUAUUCAUAUGUUUAUCGUUCACUUCGCUUGCUGUGAUCAUCGGAAGGCUUGGGUCCCAGGUGGCGGCCAGUCCAAGCGCAAGCCUUUAGAACACAACGAGAAGACUUGCACUCAGCGCAAUUGUGGUCAUGCCGGACACAAACCCUCUGGUCCGGUUUUUGAUCAAAACAACGUACCAGAUUACUCUAAUCGUUCAUAGUGUAUAUCUAUGCGCGAUAUCGGUAUGGGAACAUUGGAGAGCUGGACUCUUUCUAUUCAUUUUUAACGCUUUGUAUGUUCCUGGCGGACUAGAAUGCCGGACAGUAGCAAAGCUGGUUUUUGCGCAUAUUAGUUGUUUUAGUUAGCCUAAAUCACAUCACCCCAUCACUCCUUUGACACAACGAUACCUUCAUUGCUCCUACAUUGGUGUUCAAUUAUGGGCUAACAGAUUUUGAGAGUUUAUACCCUUCUACUCUCGACAUGCCAUCAAAAUGCACAUAAACUAC